AUGAGUACUGUUCCAUUUUUAGAUACCGUCACACGCUUUAUCGAAGAGGGAGAUGGAAAAGUGAGGUUCCGCAUUAUUGGUGGUAGACGAUUUCAUAAUCUUUCGAAUUCAGAGUAUCUUGGUGCGAAUGAUGAUGAAGAAGUUGAUCGUUUAAUUAGAUAUCAUGAUGCAAUAAAAGAGAUUUGGGGAGGAUUGUUUCAUUCACCCAUUGAAGAGAAGUUGAGAAAAGGAGCUCGUGUUAUUGAUUUAGG